AUGGCGAUAUCCCACGUCAAGCCUUUGCAUCUUUCUCUCCUUGUGUCACUCUUUUUCUUGCCUUCUGCUUUGGGCGGAACCGAUUUCCAUAACUGCAAUCCCCUUCGUGACUAUCCCGUCAAAGUCAAGACUGUCGUGAUAUCUCCAGACCCGGUUAAGAUUAGCACUAAUGGAAACAUUACGAUAACCGGUUCUACAAGCGUAGAUAUCCCUGAUGGAGCAACUGUAAAUCUCGACCUUAGGUUUCCCGAGCCUAUAUCUAAAAGAAGCUACUCCUUAUGUGAUAUAGUGGCGUGCCCUGUUGCAGCUGGCCCCAUUGUGCUUAAUUUGUUUAAUGUAUUCACUCAGCAAGAACUUAUACCACAUUACCGAGGAGCACCGGGAAGACCCAAUGAUGUGCGUCUCCUUCCGUUGCAGGAUUACACGUGA